CAAGUGUCCGAUUAAACCAUUCCGAAUAUUCUUGCUAAGAACUGUUCAAAUAUACUCGGUGGAAACACAUCGGUGAUGACCAUAAAAGAUGCAGUUAUUGCUACAAGGUUUAGGGGUUGUAAAGUUGGGUUUCCGUCGACGAGUGCGUCAUAAUUAGAGAAAAGGAGAUCAGUAAACUGCACAUUCUGUUUCAUGGCAGGUAUGACGACUGCAUUUCGGUUUGAUUUAACGAAAACUGUUUAAGAUAGUUAUUUUCAACUACUGGGACGAUAUCAAUAUGAAUGACAGCAUUUACUAUAGUGUCGUGCCAUGACGAGCACACUACUUGGAGUCAUUUUGGCGCCUGAUCCCGCUGGAGAAACAUCGAUCAGAUCAUACCAGGAAAAGUCUCUACCCGCAAAUCACUCAAUGUAAGGGUCGUAGCUCCGUGAAUAGUGAUUGGCUAAUAUUAAAGAAAAACUGAUGAAAUCAAUUAUUAACGCACUUUUAAUGAACACUGUACAAGUUUAAGACGUCAACUUGUGAUUGAAUCAAAAUUUUCGACACUUCAGAGCUGCAGUGGAUGACAAAGUGAUACAAAAGUUUGAGAAUUUUUUUUUUUCGAUCAUCAUGAAGAAAGGAGACAGUGUUUCAGUAGAUGGUGGAUCUCGAAUCAGAGAGAAAGUGGUCGCUAAACCUCGCAAGGUCAGUCAACUCAUUGAAGCCAAUCUUUCCUUGACAUCAACAAGAGGUCGAACAUUGACAUUCAGCGAUGUCGCCAGCGAUCGCGAAAGCGAAGCUUCGACGUCGACGCAACGUCGACGGCCGGCGCCUCAACGAGAUCGUGCUGCGAGCCUCAUGAACUUGAAGCGAGGUGCUUCACUCUACUUCGGCAAAGAUAUCACGACGUCCAUGUGGUGGAAAUACAGACAGAUCCAUGGCGGCAUUGACGCACUACGGGGUGAUCACGGCGGCGGGCAUGGCGGGGCACUAGAAUAUGAAAACUCGUACCAGCUUGAACCGAAAUCAGGUCACAAAUUCGCGCCAGGAAAAGUUGAGGAAUGCAUUCGAGAGGUUCUAGGGUAUAUAUUUGAGAAUGAGGUGUACGACCCAAAGAGGGCGGCGAUCUUGGCAGCGGCUAUAUCAGACGCGGUUAAACAGAAGGUGAAAAUGUUAUGCGGUUUUGAUCGGUACCGUUUGGUGGUCAAUGUCGAUAUCGGAUCAAGAGUACCUGGUCAAGAAGUGGUAAUUGCAAGUCGAUAUCUUUGGAAUACAGACACUGAUGGGUUUGCAACGGUGUCCAGUCAGAAUAGAACCAUGUAUAGUGUUGUUACAGUGUAUGCUGUUUACAUGGAUUAAACUAAUCCAUGCAAAAAGACGAUACCUUCAAUGUUUGGAAAUGAGAUUAAGGAAGGUCAUUGUUGCAUUGUCAUUAAAGAAGAUUUUAGAUAUUAAAAGUCUAGAGAAACGAAUUGAUGUAUAUUUCAUAAUACGAAAAAAGCUUUUAUUGACACUGCACUUUUCAGGUUAAUUUGAUUUGACCAGAAAUGUGUCGAGGCGUCUUGACAUUUUCAAUACCGAAGUAUCGAUUUUAGUACCUGUGAAACGUAAUGUUUGCUAUGUUACUAUAAAGAGUUAAUUGAAUAGUAUGCGUCAAUAUUUUCAUUUUAUACAGUGCAUAUUCAUAACACAACUAUGAUAAAUGGUCAAGAGUAUUGUUCUGUUAUAUUCGCUUGAGUUUACGCUCUAGACUACACUAUGCUUAUAGCAAGGCAAUUGAAAAAUCACAAACGAGACAAAGUGUUGACGAAUCUUGAAUGUAUAGAUACUAUAUAAUUAUGAUGAAAAAACACCCAAAUUGUAUGGCAUUGUAUGUUUCCGGCAUGGGCCAGUUCCUCAAAAUAUUUGAAAAUCUAACUUAUUACUGAUAUCUUAUCGCAAAUUUUUUAACAUGAUGAUUACAAACAUAUCUCGUCCUUAAUAUACGAACAAAAUUGUCUGUCUGAACGUUUUUCGUUUUGCAAUAUUUUGGUACAAUACAUUUGUCCCCGAGGAAGAAAAAUACUGGAAGUCUUAGAACCAACAACACAAGGGGGAAAUACUGCCACUAUUUCAUUACUAUAUUAUUUAGGAAGCAAAAGAAAUGUGUUGUAUAUUUCUUUUUAAUGUUUGUUCCUGUAUAAAUGAGUAUAUUGCUUAGUUCAUUAUAGAAUUGACUGAAAAUUCACGGAGAUAAAGUCAUAACACAAACAAAAUAAAAUUAGGUUAUAGGUAAAAUGUAUCAGUCGGAAGUACCCUAAACAGAAGACAGUGUAUCAUCAUAAAAUGUGGUGCCCGCCCCAAAAAAAUGUUGAUCUGUAUUCUUACACACAAAUACUGGUCAGUUAGUUGCUUUGGCAAUUGAAUAAAUGAAUAACUAGUCGACUUAUCGAAUACAAUUAGUAACAGUGCAAUCGGGUGUCCAUAAAGCGGCAUAUGGGCGGCUCAUUUAUAGGAAGGUGAGCUCUUUAUUAUCGAAGAAAGCAGAAAUCUCUUACUAGAAUAUAAAUCAAUUUUAUAUUUCAUUAACUAAGGAAAUGUUGGGUACCCAAUGUCGUACAUGUUCAUUGUUUAGCCAAAUAUUUGUUCGUCAUUGUCUCGGCCUCAUACAUUUCAUUUCAAAGAACAAAAGACAAACCCUCUACUUGAACACCUUACUGCACGGUAACAAACGGUAACUUCAAGAAGUUGCUGUAUUUUUACGAAGAUUGUGUAUUGUAUAAUCAUAAUAAAUUCAUGGUGUCUAUACCCAUCCUAGAUUGCAUCAUGGAGUUAUCAUUUAGAUGGUUUGCAAUUAAAUCGAUGAAAUUAUCAGAUUUGUUUAAUUUGUAAGAAUUCUAAGAGUGUCUCGAGCGAAGGGGGGGAUCUCCCAGAUUUUGACAGAGAGGGCAUGUAAAUUUCGAAUAUUUGUUUCCUUGAAAAAGAAGAGAUGUGUCUGAGUAUGAAGACCUAGUUGAGCGAUUAUUAUGAACAUACCUACGUUAAAUCUUUUCUUUUUCUUUAUUUGAAAGGACUUUUAAAGAAAAAGUAUGAAGAAGGGAGAAUUAAGAUUGUUUAGAUUCUUUUAAGAUGUAAAAGAUGAGAAAGUGUAGAAGAGAGACAUACACGCACAAUUCCCCGUAUGUAUCCAGAGGACUGACGAUAUCCAUGAUGAGUCAGCUACAUUCACUGAAACUGAUUCGUAGUUAUUUUCUCUCAUUAUAUUUGUUAUCACCAUGUCGCCUGACAGUUUGGUCAGGCUUAACCAACUACAUACAUGUAGUUUUAAUUUACACAUAAUACUGUUACGUAAGAUUUCGUUUGAUCAUGUGAUAAAGUAAGUAAAUGUUGGUAAACGAAAUCGUUAAAAUAAUCAUCGGAUCUUGUAAAAUAUCAUGUAACUCUUUAGAACAAGUCUUCUCUUUGUAAUCUUAUCUAAUUGUCUUACCAAGUGUGUUGACAGAGAAUUCAAGCUUCGUAGUGUACUUGCGAAACAGUAUUUGACCACAUAUUACCGAUUAAGUUCAGAAAUUUAGAUUUGUUAUAUGACUUUUAUUUAUGAUUAUAUAUGUAAUAAUACAUGAUAAUGCACCAAUUACUCAGUCAAUGAAUAAAACAUAUCAUUAUAACACCUAAA